AUGGAUCAUAUAAUGGAGCAGCUAACACAGCAGAUGGCUACACUUAUGGAAAACCAGAAUCGGAGAAACCCUAAUCUGAAUUCUGACCUUGAUCGAGAGGAAACUGAAGAGGGGUCGGAAGGAGAGAAUUACUUUGCUGAUAUUCCACGAAGACAGCAAAGGGGCCCAAUCGAGGAAGACAGGCAGAGACGAGAGACGGGCAUUCGGACCGAUAUUCCCGAACUCCAAGGAGGCUUGCAGCCAGAAGAGUUUCUAGAUUGGCUAAGGACGAUAGAAGAGGUUUUGGAGUUCAAGGGGGUACCUGAGACUAAGCGGGUACAGCUUGUGGCGACUCGGUUGCGUGGUAGGGCGACGGCUUGGUGGCAGCAGGUGAAGCUUACCCAUAGCAGGAUGGGCAAACCUAAGAUCACGUCGUGGGAAAAGAUGAAGAAAAAGAUGAGGGUUACCUUUCUGCUCUAUAACUUUCAGAGGAUCAUGUACCAGCGCCUGCAAAACUUAAGGCAAGGCACUAGGUCGGUGGAUGAAUACACCAACGAGUUCUACCAGUUGGUUGCUCGUAACAAGCUUCAGGAAACCAAGGAUCAGCUGGUGGCGAGAUAUAUUGGCGAGCUGAAAGUGCAGCUACAGGACACGAUUAAUUUGUUCGACCCUGUUAACGUGUCUUCCGCCUAUCAGAGGACCCUGAUUGUCGAAAGACAGCAGAAGCAAGCGGGCAGCGGGAUGUUCAGUGGAGGUGUUACCGUUGUAGGAACCGGUGGGGCUGCCCGAGCUGGCAGUAGUAGUGUUGUUCCUCGACGUCCGACGAGGCCUGCCAAGAUUGGGCCGAGCAGUAGAGGGCCGAAAUGCUUCAAGUGUGGAGAGCCCGGGCAUCGACAAUCUGAAUGCAGAAAAGGGGAAAAAAGGGCGAUGUUUAUUGAAGAAGAAUUGUUUGAUGACGCAGUUUAUGUAGUUGGAGGCGAUGGAGAGGUCGAGUUUGACGAGGAGGAAGAGAUUGUGACAGGAGAUGGAGUGCCCAAUCUGGUGGUGAGGAGGUCGUGUAUGACCUCGAGAGCUGCGGACGAAGAAUGGCUGCGUAACAACAUCUUGCAGUCCACCUGCACCAUCGAAAAUAGAAUCUGUCGUUUCAUGAUAGACUCGGGCAGCUGCAAGAACAUCGUAUCUGCUGAGGCCGUACAGAAGUUGAGUCUGCGAAGUGAGCCACAUCCCAAACUGUAUAAGCUGGCAUGGCUGAAGAAAGGAGGUGAAGUGAGUGUGUCGAAGUGUGUGUUAGUUACCUUCUCUAUUGGCUCCCUGUAUAGAGACUCUAUGUGA